GUGUGUACACACUGGCAAACCCGACCAUUUUGACGCGAUUUCGAUUUCUCAUAAAAAAAAAAAACACACAUUUAACUCGGGCGCUCCUGCUGCUGUGUUUUUUAUGUGUGUGUGAACGAACCAAAUAUAUACACAUGAGCUGGAGGACAGUGAAAUUGAAUUAGUGUUUAUAUAGCACAUUGAUGGCUGAUAAUGCCGCCGCCGAAAAAUCGUUUGGCCAUCGUUAGUGUCAGAACGGGAACGAGUACGAGUACGGGUGCGAGUACGAGUACCACAAAGUAUCGUCGUCGUCGUCCUGCCCCCCGUCCCGCCCCCUCCGUCGCCGCCCCCUCUGCGCCGUACGCACGCAUCGAUUUGGGCUAAACGUUAGAUACCUCCUAACGCAGUUGUUAGGGUGGAAAGGCAAUAUAUACAAGGAGAAAAAAUAAUACCACACACCAAAUAGCCACUGGCCACUAGCCACUCGAUAAAUGAACUGCAAUGCCGUGCGUUGGCUAUUCGCGUGCAAUCCGUUGAUCCGAUCCGGUCCUGGGCUGGUCCGCAUCCCCCCAAAUCCCAGCCAGAAAAGUGCAAUACACCAGAAUCGAAGCGAAACCAAACGAAACGAAAACCAGGAGAGAGACAAACUCACAAAUAAAUCAAAGUGGAGUGGAAAGAGUGCCGACGAAGCAGUGAACUUGUGCAACGAACCGCUUGACGACCCAGUGGCCUCCACAUGAAGACCAUGUCGCGUUUCGGCCUGCGCCGUGGCUUCAAGCUCUCGGAGGAGCAGGUCAACGGCAAGAAUCCAAUAGCGCCGGCCACUCCCCCAGCGCCCGCUGCCACUGCCCCCAAUCCGCGCAAGAAGCGGCAGGCCCGGCAGGAGGAGUUGGACGUGGAGCAGGAGGAACCAGAGCCGCACGAUGAGCCCGAACCGGAGCACGAGCAGGAACCGAUCUCCCUGAUCUGCAGCCUGCCGCUGGACCGACUGCCCCGCCUGGUGGAGAAGCUGCAUCAGCUGACGGAGGAGCGGGAACGGGAGCGGGAGCGAGAACGGGAGCGGGAUGGGCUGGCGGGAUCAGCGGGUCACUCCUCGACGAAGGUCCUGUGUCUGUACUGUGAUAGAAAGUUCGCCUCCGGUAAGCUGCAGGCCAAGCAUGUGGACAAGUUCCACACCGAGCGGCAGGAGCGGCGCUGCAGCGGCCGUUCCACCAGCUCCAAUUCCCAUCCCGCCGCCGGCGGCUUCCCCGGCUGCCAGUGGUGCGGCCAGCACUCGAAUCGGCGCCAGGCCACGCCUCCCCCGCAGAUCUGCCUGCCGGCCAAGCAUCUGGAGCAGCUGUUCCGGCACCUGAGCGAGCAGCAUGCGGACAAGUACUUUGGCUGCCAGCCGUGUCGCCUGCGCUUCCAGGACGCGGACCAUUUGUCGGCGCACCAGCGGCAGCAGCAUCCGUUGCCGGAGGAUGCCAAUGCAUCCCAUGGCCAUGGGCAUGCCUCCCAUGGCCAUGGACAUGCCGCCAAGCCCGGACUGAUGGGCGCCGACGAGCCGGUGCUCUUUCGCCUGGGGCUCACCCAGAACCGGCUGCCCAGCAGCCAUCGGAAUCGCGGCCAGCGCAAGGAGGAGGAGCCGCCGCCCCUGGCCGCCACGCCCAGCAGUGGCAGUAAGUCGCGGAGCAGCAGUCGGGCGGCGGCGCAGCGGCAACAGCUGCAGUCGCAGCAAGCCAUUCCGGCCGGCAGUCAGGCUCUGCAAUCGCCACAGGAUGCAGUCAAUCCGGAUGCAGUCUUUCGGCUGCCCGCCAGCCUGGCCUGCAUCUCCUCCUCCUCCGCCUCCUCAUCGUCAGCCGCUGCCGCCGCCGCCGCCAACUCAGUGUUCGACGACAAGUUCUACAAGGAUGUGGUGUUCAAUGUGCGCCACAAUCUACAGAAUCACCUGGACGGCCGUCUAUUCACCUCCCCAACAUCAUCUGCAUCAACAUCUGUGGCGUCGUCCUCGUCCUCGGAGCUCAUCAUGCUGCAUGGUCCCAGCCAGGUGUGUCCUGGCGGCGCCUCCUAUCCCACACUGCUGACCGCCGAGCAGUUUGGGGGCACGGGGGAACUGCUGCCGCUGGCCAAGUUCCGACGGAGACCGCACACCAAGCACAGCUGGAAGUGGAAGUGGGACUACGUGAAGAAGUUCACCCUGAUCAACGAGGGCGGGCGGCUGGUGAAGAAGCUGAAGCAGCCCCAUUGCCUGGGCCUGCGCGAUCUCUCCAAGCUGGACAUGUGGACGCAACUGACGAUGCGCCAGAAGCACGAUCUCUCUCUGUCGCUGGCGGAGGAGCAGGACCAGGAGCAGCAGCGCCGCCUGCUGGAGCAGCUCAAUCUCAUCCUGGACCACCGCCUGCUGCCGCACAUCAUCCUCGAGCAGAACGAGCAGGCGGUGAUCAAGUGCGAGAACGACGAUGAGGACGACCCCGUGGGUGUGAACAGCACACAUCCGGGUGAUGAUCUGCUGCCCCAGAGUUUCGCCGACGAGAGUUUCCUCUCCCUGCUGCAACUGCAGCCGAGAACCGAGGAGGGGAACAGGGAGCAGGAACGGGAACAGGAACAGGAGCAGCUGAGGAACAGAAACCGAAGAUCCGUUGUGCUCAGCGGCGAGUGGGCGCGACCACGCCUCUACCUGUGCAUCUGCUGUGGCGCCAAGUUCGACCAGCGCAAGUCGCUGGAGGAGCACAAGACCUUCCGCCACUCGCACAUCUACGCCACGCACUACGAGGUGGUGGGCCGAGAACUGCUGGCCGGCAACCUGCUGCGCCACCUGUUCAUCCCCAAACGGGCGUUGGGUCGCUUUGCCGCCGCCGCUUCGAGCAACUGCAUCCGGUGGCCGCAGAUCGGGCCAGGGCAGCAGCAGCCCAAGCAGGAACAGGAGCGGAACAGUGUGCAGCCGGAGGAGGAGACCCGGUCGUCGUCGGCCUCCUCGCGCUCCUCGUACGAGGUGUCCACGCCCACUCCGCUCUCGGGAUUGGAGCAACAGCAGCCAUCGCCGGCCUCCGGAUCGGGAUCGGCCUCCUCUUGCUCUCCCAGCUCAUCCUCCGCUUCCACCCUCAUGUCCACCGCCCCCACCGUGAUGUCCUCCCACUCGCACUCGCAUUCGCACUCCACCUGCAUAUCCUCCACAACGACCACGACAUCGUCCGCUCCUUCCAGCUGCACCAAGUGCGGCCGCAAGUGCAGCGGCCUCAUGGAUCUCUACCGCCACAUGCUGGACUGCUCCGGCGACUAUGUGUGGUCGCUGGCCAAGAAGCGCAAGUAUCGCUACUAUUGCGGCACCAAGAAGCGGCGCGCCUUCUCCAAGAAGCCGCUGAAGCAGCUGUCCGCCCGCAAGAAGGAGAAGCUGGAGGUGGAAGUGGAAGUGGAUGAGGGCGAUGCAGAGGCAGAUGGCGAGGGGGAGGCGGAGGCGGAGGCAGAGGCAGAGGGCGAGGAGAGCGGCUCCAGUUCGUCCAAGUUGAAGAACUCGCCACGCCAAAGGCCCAGCGAUGCUGAAUCCAUACGCAAGAUGCUCGAGAACCUGCCCGCCAAGCGCAUCUGCAAGAAGAUCUUCCCCGUGGACAACAAGGCCAAGCGCAAGGCCAAGAACAAGGCGAAGGCCAAGGCCAAGGCCAAGUCCAUGGCCAAGUCGCUGGUCAAGUCGAAGUCCAAGCAGCAGCGCAGCAGCACCAAGAGAAUCUACAACCAGCACUUGCUGCGCACCACGCGCUCCCGCUCGCGAUCAUCGGUGGUGGCCACCGGCUCCUCGGCGGCCGCUGUGGCUGCCCAGCAGCAGCGCAGUCGCCGCAAGCAGAAGCAACAGCAGCAUCAGCAGAAGCAGAAGGCCAAGCUGGACAAAGCCAAAUCCCCGCCAGAAACGCCUGCUGAAGCUGUAAUGGAGGAUGAGCCAGUUAAGCUGCCCACCACACCCAUAGUCACUGCCAAGUCAUCAAGGUCUCCCGCUGAGGAGAAGCCAUCGCUGCGGCUGGAGCUACCACCACUUAGCCUUCCGGAGGCCACAACACCUGCUCCACCCGCCUGCUCCGUUCCGGAAUCGGAGCCCGCAUCGCCCACUCCCAGCAAGCAGCUAAUGCCCACACCGCCCACAACGCCGGCGCCGGCCACCAAAUCCCCGCCAGCUACUGCUGCUGCUGCUGUGGCAGCUGGUCCGCCACCCUACUCCGCUGGAGCCACCACUCGCCUGGCCACGCCCAAUUCGAGUGUGAAGCGUAGCAAGCGGAUUAGCGACUGCAUAGCCAUGCUCACGGGCAAACUGGAGGAGAAGCUCAAGACGGAGAAAGUGCCAGCGCCUGCUGCGCCGCUGGAAAUGGAGCGGAAGAGUGUGGUGCAGGAGAAGGCGGCAGAGAAGCAGGACAGGGCAAAGCAGCCGGUGGAGACACCUGCUCCACCACCGGAUGGCGACAAGGAGCGAGUGCAGCCAAAGACGCCCAAACGCAAGGCGGUGUCGCGUCGAAUCAUCAAAAUGGAUGCCACACCAGAGCCCCCGUUGGAGUCGCUACCACUAAGGCAGGCUCCAGAAGGAACUUUGCUUGCUGUUGCAGUUCCACCGAUGGCAGUUCCGCCUGCUACUUUGGUGGAAACUCCAGCUCCAGCUCCAGCUCUAGCUCCUGUUCCUGCCCUGCCGCCUCCUGUGUUCAACAGUUUGCCAGGACCUUCUCCGCCAGUCAUUGCACCUGCUCCUCCUCCGCCAGUCAUUGCACCUGCUCCUCUGCCCGUGGCUGCACCUGCUCCUCCGCCUCCAAGGCGCACGCCCACCAAGGCGGCGGCCAAGCAGAUGGCCGCACCACCACCAAAGCCAGCCUCGUUGGCCGCCCUUAAGCAGUAUCCUCCAAUGGAGCCAUCAUCGCCGGCGGUGCUGGCCACCAAUGCGGCAGCUGUGCCCGUGGCUAUGCCGCUGGGAAUGCAGGGAAUGCAGGGGAUGCCCGCUCCACUGGCGGUGGUACCAGUGAACAUGCUGCCCAAGAUGCCACUGUAUAUGCCGCAGCUGCAAGGGAAUCCCAAUUGCAAUACCAAUACCAUUACCAAUCCCACGCCCACUACUAUGUUCGUGAUGGAUCAUCAGCCGCUGAACCUGACCAGCCAGCGAGGAGUGCUGCAAAAGCCGCUGAUCACUGGCACCACGGGGGAUCCCGGCUUGGUUGGACUGCCGCAUCAUCGCUCGGGCGGAAUGCCCGCCCGGCGGCAGACGAUCUGUGGCUUUGAGGCCAGAAACCUCAUGGGUUUGGACAUGGACAUGGAGCCGCUGGAUCUGUCAAAGAAGUCGAGCAGAAAGGCAUCGCCGGUGCCGCCGCCAAGGAUGCAGCAGGAGGUGCCAAUGGUGACUGCACCGAUGCCACCGCAGCAGCAUCCACCGCAGCAGCCAGGCGCUGCUCCUCCAAUUCCCGGCCAGCCCCUGCCCCUGGCCUCGCACUAUUACUCCAACCUGGAUCUGCUCAAGAUCCCGCAGGUGCGCAAUCCUGGCAAUCCAGCUGCUGGAGUGGUGGUGCCCACCAGCGGUGUUCCGCCGCCAGUUUCCAUCAUGCCCACAUCCGUGGCCACCACGACCCACGCUCACGUGCAUCCCGUCAAGAGUUCGGGCGGCAAAAAGCGCUCGCUGGAGGGAACUGGCAGCUCCAAGAAGGACCAUGGCAAGGGCCAGGCCAAGGUGUGUCCGCGCAUGGACGAGGUGGUCAACAACCAUAUCGACGAUGCCAUCAACUCGGUCAUUAUGGCUGUCCAAGCCAGUUUGCCGGAUGACGAGGAGGAGAAGGAAAAGGAAAAGGAGAAGGAGAAGGAGGAGCAGGCCAAGAAAGACAAGGAGAGGGAGAGGCAACGAGAACAAAGAGAGAUUGAGAGGGAGAAGGAGAAACUGGAGCUGGAACCGCUGCCCAGGCCGAGCAACUGCAUCUUGUCGCUGCCCAGCUCUGCGGGAUUGCCCCUGACUGUAAAUCCUGUUCCCGCCGUGCUUAUUUCUCCAGCUGCUCCUAAUCCAGCACCCACUACUGCUCUGCAGCCUGUGCCUGCCAAGAAUCUGACGCCCAAGAAGCGCUCCAUGCGCUCGCGAACCAUCGACUGUCGCUCCGCUUUGCUUGCCCUGGAGGAGACUCUUCCGGUGGCGCCAUUGCAUCAGUUUAUCCCGCUGCCAGUGAACGGUGAUGCAAGGGGAGAGAUGCCUACGUUACCAGUUUCUCUUCCAGUUCCAGUUCCUGCUUCGGUUCCUCCUCCAGCUGCGUCCGUUCCAGUUCCCUUAAUGAGUAUUAAGGAAGCAGCACUUACUGUGACCACUCCUGCAGCAACACCUCCAUUAGUGGAGCAUCAGUCUCCGGAAUCUCCUGAUCCUGAUCCUCUUCCUGUUCCUGUUCCUGUUCCAGAAAUGAUUGCCCAACCAGAGGCCUGUGCUGAGUCCUGUGCUCCCGUGCCGGUGCCCGUGCCCGUCUCCGUCAUUUCAGUGGCUCCCGCCUUGCCACAGCUGCCACCACAUCGCUGUGCCACGCCCCCGCCCACCACAAUGGCCGAGACGAACUGCAGCUCGCUGAUGGAGGAGCACAGCAGCAACCUGAACAACAACACCUCCUCGGGCUUCCACAGUCUGGCGCAAUCGGAGCAGCCCCUGUCCACAACGGCAGCAGCAACGCCAGUGGAGGAGUCUACUGCUACGGCUCCGGCGCCACCGCCCAAGAAGGAGGAGCAGCAUCAGCAGCAGCAGGAGGAGGAGGAGCUGCUGCUGCUGCCCGCCAAGAAGAAGCAACGUCGCCGGCGCAAGAACGAACUGGCGGCCAUUGUGGCCGAUCAGCUGCUGGAAAGCUUUAAGAUCGACAACGCACGCAGGGACAACCUGAAGAAGCUGGAGAAUCUGGCGUAUGAGAAGAGCGAGGACCUGCUGCUCACCGGGAUGCUCCUAAUGUCCAGCACCAAGCGCAAUGCCGCCCUGGGCACGUCCUCCGCUGCGGCCGCCAAGCUGGCGAAGAAGGAGCCCUCGGCGGCCGAGGCGGAAGCGGAGGCACCCCCAAAUCCGCCAGGACGCGGCAGGCCCAAGCGUCGCCAGAGUUGCUACUACCGAAGGGGCAAGGCUGGCGGAGGAGGCGGAGGCGGGGGAGGAGGAGGAGGAACUGGCCCGGGCAAGGCCACCAAUGAGAACAUCAGUCUGCUCAAGUCCUCGCUGGAGUCCUUCUCGAUUGGCAUCGAGAAGCAGCUGCUGGCCAAGGAGGCGCGCGAGGCCAAGGAGUCGCAAUCGCAGUCGGGGAACAGCGUUGGCAGCCAGCCACCAGUCGGCUCCAUCCUGCGACCCAGCAUUCUCAGCGGCGCAGUGGCCCGUGAUCAGCAACAGCACUCCAAGGAGAAGGAGAAGGACAAGGAGAAGGGUAAGGAUAAACAGGAGCACAUACCUGCUGCUGCCACCUUCAGUCGUGAUCCACGGCUGAACAAGAACAUACACAAGGAGCAGGCGCCGGAGCAGCAAAGGUCAACGAUGGCCAAGGAGCAGCAUGUGGCCACCACAAACGACAAUGCCGAGGAGGAGGACAACUACCUCACGGAGAUUGCCAAGAACGUGAACGAGAAGAUCAUGUCGGCCACCACCAACGAGGACUUUGAGUUUGCCCACGACGAGUUCGACGGCGAGGGGGAUCCCGAUCAGGAUCAGGAUCCGGAUCACGACCAGGACAAGUACUAUCGCCCGCCCACCUCGAUGAGUGUGCGCAGUGCGCCCAAUCUGAACGACGAGCACUCAAACUUCGGCUCCAUGUGCGACGACAACACCAACACCGAGGUGAUGGACAUGGACCUGGACGACGAGAUGAGUGUGUAUACCAGCUACUCCCAGGAUCUGGGACGUGGCGGACGUGGGCGCCGGAGGAGGCGGCGCCGGAGCGUGCUGCUCACGCGGCGGCCCAAGAAGCGGACGCAGCGCAGCGAACUGGAUGCCGAGAAGUACGGCUGCCAGCUGUGCGGCAAGAGCUUCUUCACCGCCACCUCGCUCUCCAAGCACAACAUGACCCUGGCCCAUGUGUCCAAGUUGUCGGCCCAGGAGUACCUGCAGUCGCAGACGGCUCCCUCCAGUCCGCAGCAGCAGCAGCAGGAUGUCCAGCUGGAUGAUGUGCAGCUGGCGGAAAACAACAGGAGGGAGGAGCCGCAUCAGCAUCAGCGGCAGGAGGAGGAACAACACCACCUGGCAGCAGCUCCUCCGGCGCAGCAGAUGAGAGCCUCGGUGCUGAUGCUGCCCAACCAAAUGGCCCAUCAGGAAAGGGAGCGGGAGCGUGAGCGUGAGCUGCAGCGGAUUCAGGAGCACGAGAGAAUCCAGCUGCAGCGGGAGCGCGAGCAGGAGCAGCACCAGCAGGAGCAAGUGCAUCAUGUGAUUACUGAGGCCAGCCUGCGGCUGCACGACAAUCAGCACAGUCCGCAGACAGCUCCACCGCCCACCGCCUCUCGCCUCAAUCUCAAUCCCGACGAGCGUCUCUUCUACGAGUGCUGCAACAUCCUGAAGAGCGCCGAGACGCCACGCCCCCUUACCGGCGGAGGCGGGGUCGGGGGCGGAGGCGGUCCAGCCACCACCACUUCGGUGAUAGUGACGGCGGGCAGAAAACAACCGCCACCGCCGCCAGCCUCGCCAUCGCCAUCCCGGUCCUCCUCGCUGCCUCCGCCGGCUUCGCCAUCGCCAUCGCUGCCACCUCCUGCCUCCCCGUCGCUCUCACUGCCUCCGCCGGCAUCGCCGUCGCCAUCUCCCUCGCCGCCGCCACCUGCGGAGCCACCUGCUCCUCAUCCUCAUCCUCAUCCGCAUCCUCAUUCGCAUCCUGCUCCUCAGCCAGCGCCUGCCGUGUGCCACCAGCCAGUCAUCCAACAGCUGUUCCGCAACCCGCCGGCGGUCACGCCCACCACAACGCCCACCAACCACAACAGGCUCUCGCCCAGCUACUCGGCGGUGUCGCAGUUCUCGGCCACCACCACCACGUCCCGCUUCAAGACGAAGGCGGCCAUGAAGGGCUACGAGAACGUGAACAUGCAGCUGGACAUGCUGGAGCUGGCCAAGUCGGGCCGGGGUGUGUGCAAGCUCACCGAGCUGGCGGACAUUGCGCUGGGCAGCGAGAAGCCCGGCGGCGACUUCCUGCCCCAUCUGCCGCCCGCUCCGGCCGCCGCAGCAGCUCCUGCGAUGCCGGCCACUCUGCCGCCCACCGCCAUCCAGCAGAUGGCCAUCCAGCAGACGCCGACGGUGACGGUGACGCCAACGGGUCCGCUGGAACAGCAGCAGAGCUCCACGUCGUCCAAGACGAUCAUGCAUGCAUCCAUCAUCAAGGCGGCGGCGGGCGUGGCCAGCUCGGCCACUCUGCCGCCGGUCUCCGGGCGGAUCAUCAUUCCGGACAGGCCGUUCAAGAACAUUGGCCUGGAGGAGAAGGCGCCCAUCACGUUCCAGAAGCCCAAGACUUGCGUGAAUUUGCUGCAGGAGCAGGACAACAACAGCGUCUCCACGGCCAGUUACUCGGAUCGGGAUGACUAUGAUUUCGGCACCCUAAGUUGCGACGGCGACGUGGAACCGGAGCCAGAACCGGAGGUCAGAGGUGGCGGUGGCGGCGGAGGUGGAGGUGGAGGUGGUCAAGCUACCGGGCGAGUGGUGCUGGACCAGGGAGCAGAAGUUGGGGUAGGAGGUCGAGCCGCCGUCUCAACCUCCAGCUCAUCGUCCUCCUCCUCCUCGUCGUCGGCGGCGGACCAUUCGAGGAGUGGCAGUCGGAGCAGCAGCAGCAGUUCCAGUCGGGCCACAGCCAAAACGUUCGAGAACAAGUCGCUGAUCAUGGGCCGCAUAUUCAAGCAUGCCAGCAGCGCCAAGGCCACGGCAGUGAUGGCCACAUCGGCGGCCAUGCUGCCCGGGCCCAGUGUGGCGGCGGGCCUGGCCAAGAUCAAGGCGCUGCCCAAGAACCAGGCGAAUCUCGACCAGAUCUUCGACGAGUUGCGUGGCGGUCAUCCAACAGCCAAGUCUUCGGAAAUGGAGGCACCGCCAUCUCUGGUGCCGGAAAGCUGGGAGAGGCAGCAUCAGCAGCAGCAGGCACAUCACCACCACCAUCAGCCGCAUCAGCAGCAUCAGCAGCAUCAUCAUCACCACCAGCAGCAGCACCACCACCAGAUAGAGCCCAUGGCGGCACCAGCUGCUCCGGCAGCGCCAGCGGCCAUGCCAGCACCCAGUGCUCUGCCGCCGGGCAGAAAAACGAAGAAUGUGGCCAUAGCGAACACUGCCAAGAAGAGCGCUACCACCACCAAAGCCACGCCGGCCAAGGCCAAGGGCAAGUCUAAAGUGGCCGCCUCUGGCGCCGCCACCUCAACAGCCUCGUCCAAUCGCAAGCCUCGCAAGGACUUGACCAAGCUGCAAUCGGAGCUGGGCAUGAGCCACGAGGAGAUCGAGCAGCUGAUCGACGAGGGCCAGCGCAAGUCCAAGCGCCGCUGUGCCACCAAUCGACCCAAGAAGCUGGUGGAGACCUGGAGCUCCGACGAGUACGAGGAGUUCCUGUCCACCAAGGAUAUCAUAGCGCUGAUCGAACAAAAGGAGCAGCAGGAGCAGCGGCGCAAGCGCAAGACCAGUGAGGCCACCACCCAGCCGGAGGCACUCGCUCCACCGCUGGUCGGUAAGAAGGCACAGACGCCACAGGCGACGGCGGCGGCGACGACGGCAGCGGCAGCGGCUCCAGCCAAGCGCAAGAAUCGCGGCGGUGAGAGGAAGCCAGCGCCAGUUGUGCAAGUGGAAGUGCAAGUGGUGGAGCAGCCAAAGUCGCGGGCCAGGCAAAGGAACCAGCAGCAGCAACCAGCAGCAGUGCCACCUCCACCUCCACCUGCACCCCCUGUUGCCCCCGCCAAUCCUCAGCCAGCAGUGAUCACGGCCAAUUCAAAGGGUAAAUCCAAGGCAUCGGUUAAGAGUAGAGCGCCAGCGACCAAGGUCACAAGCAACAGGAAAAAGCGCGGACAGCAAAAGCAGCGGGAGGAGGAGGAGGAUGAGGAGGAGGAAGCGAAAGCGGAAGUGGAAGUGGAGCCACCGACCAGGACGCGCAGCUCUAGGCAGCAGCAGCAGCCCAGGGGAAAAGCUGGGCCAGAGAUAGAGCCACCACUAGAACCUGCUCCUGCCCAAAAAGAAAGGAACAAGUCGCGUUAUGGCAAUGCACAACAGCAGCUACCGCCGCCACCGCCGCCGCCGCAGCAAACGCAACCGCAUCCCAGGAGCAGCUCCGUGGCCACCACCAGCAGCAGCACCACCGCCAACACCAACACCACCAAUAACAACAACAACAGCAGCAGCAGCAACAAGAACCUAAAGGCCAAGCGGAAAUCCCAGACGAAUCGGCAAUCGCCGGCGCGAAGAAAGCGACCGGCAAGCGAAAAGCAGCUCUACUACUGGAGCAGCUCCAGCGACGAUGAGUUCGGACGCCUCGAUGACGACGAGGAUGAGGGCGAGGCGGCCAAUGCCGAAGGAACCGGCGGCGAGCAGAGGGAUGGGGAUCGGCUGGAUCGUCUAGAUCGGCUGGAUCGCCUGGACCGACUGGAUCGACUGCAGCCGGAGGAGGCGGCCUCGCCAUCGCCGCCCGGCAAGCACUUCGAGGAGAACGAGCCGUACCAGAAGCACGGCUGGAUCGUGGGCGACUCGCACAAGAAGCUAGUGAAGCUGCUGGCCAUCGCCAAGGGCAGCAAGAAGGUGGACAACUCCAGCGGUGUCAAGCGGCGCACGCCCAAGCGCAAGUGCUAGCGUCACCAGGACAAUCUGCAUCAGCAAGAGCAACUGGAGGAGGAGGAGGAGGAGGAGAAGGAGGAGGUGGUGGUGGAUGCCAUCCUCCUGCCAGACAAGUCAUAGCCAUAGGCUUCGAGGGCGCAGUCGGCGCGGGCAGCCGACGAUCCAUCAACGCCAUCGAUCACAUACGUACUGCCAUUGUGUCAUCGUUAAUCGUUAAGGCCAGCGCCAGGAGGGGAUUAGCUGGAGCUGGAGCUGGAACUGUAGCUGGAGCUGUAGCUGGAGCUGGAGAAAACGCAAUCCAAACCAGAACAGACGCCUCCUGGCCCUCUGGUUCCCAUUAACCGUAUGCGGAGUAUAUGCAACAUAUUUUUCUUUUUCUUUUAAACAUCUAAGCGUUACAUUAUUUAGGUUUUUUUUUAUUAAAUGUAUUUAUAAUUAAUAAACAAAACAAACAAAAAAGCGAAAAAGCAACAAAUAUAAAUUUGAGCACAACAAUUAAA